AUGGUGGAGUGGAAAGUGACCGAACGAGGCAGGUCACCAGCUCUCAAUCUACCCCAAGACAUGGCUGGAUCCCUUGGUAUUCAACAAGCUCCCGCCUCCAAGCCACAGACCUCGCAGUUACUCCGUGCGGAGCUUUCAUCAUACCCUUCACCUCGGCUUUCCUCCUGGUCUUCUAUGAUUCUGGAAAUACUAGAUUCCCUUCCACAAUGGGGUCACCCAUUCUCCUUGGAUAAUCGCACUGUCCUCUAG